AGAUUUGGUAGUUUGAUUUGAAAUACUAUUAAGAUUAGGAUUAGGAAGCAGAGAAAGAGGAGACCAGUGUUUCUCUCUUCUUCUUCUUCCUCUUUCUUCUUCUUCCUCCCCCGCCCAGCUGUUCGUUUCACUUUCAUCUUCGAUUCUGCCUCGUUCUCAGACCUUAUUUCUUCCGCUUUUCCUUUCUUUUUCUUCUUUUUUUAUUUUUUUUAUUUUCUCUCUCCCCAUUCUCAGAAUCAGUUCUCAAGAUCUGCAUCCGCAAUUCUCGAUGAUCUUCUCUACUUGAUCUGCCAAAUUCCACUCACUCCUCCGCUUCCGCUUCCGUCUUCCUCUUUAAUUGCGGUUGCGGGUUUUGUGUUUUUGAUGCACAAUGAUGGCUGACAUGGAUGUGCACGCCGACGUCUCUGAGGUUAACGAGAAGUGUGCCUUGGAUAUGAGUACCUAUGAGAAUUUGCCUAACGCUUGCAAUGCAUCACCCCUUGACUCUGCUGCUUCCAUUCCUAAGGAUAAUACUGAUGCUUCUUACGUUUUCGUCAACUCCACCGAUGCUGCUACUUCCGAUGAUCAUGUUGUGUCGGAUCUCAAUGGGCAACCAGAGUGUUCUCACAAUGUCGAUACGGAAAUUAAGGUUCAUAAUGGGGAAUUCUGUACGGACGAUGGUAGGAAACCCGAUUCAUUUUUCGUUUCCAAUGCAUCUGAGGAUUCACCGUUUAAAUUUUCUGAGCAUUUGAAAGUGAGUGACGCAAUUCAGGAUGAGACUAGAGUGGUAGAUGUUCUUCAAUCUUCUGACGCCAAGGUGGAUGAGGCGGAACCUGGACUGGAUUCCUCCCAAAAAGUGGAAGAAACUCGAAUCCUGGAGAACCAGGCUGUGAACGAAUUGUUUGAUGCAGAAAAGAAUUCGGGUGAAAUCUAUGGGGUAGAUGCUCCUCAAGAAGAUGAAAACGUUCAGAUUCAGGAGGAAAAUCAAAUAAUUUCUACCACUGAGUCUUCAAACACGGAUGCAAAUCUUGGUGGACAAAUCUUGGUGGUGUCUUCUCAAAUGGUGGAAGAUAUUCAAAUUCACGAGGAUAAUGGAGUAAUGGGAAUCAUGAAGUCUUCUAAUACCAAGGCAAAUCAUGGGAUAGACAUUGAGGCGGAGUCUUCGCAAAACGCAGAGGGCAUCCAAUUUCGCAAGGAAUAUGGAAUUGUUGCAAUCAAGUUUUCUGAUCCUGAGUCAAACACUGGGGAAGAAAUUGAGGUGGAGUCUUCUCGAAAGGCAGACGAGGUCCAGAAUCAUGAGGAAAAUGGCAGAGUGAAAGCCUUUAAUUUGACUGAUACUGCGGCAACUCUUAGGGGAAAAAUUAAGUUGGAGUCUUCUAAGAAGGCAGACGAUAUUCAGAAUGGUGAGGAAAAUGUCAGAAUGAAAGCCUUCGAUUUGUCUUGUACCGUGGCUAAUCCUAGGGGGAAAAUUGAGGUGGAGUCUUCUCAAAAGGGAGACGACAUUCUGAAUGAUGAGGAAAAUGGCAGAGUGAAAGCCUUCAAUUUGUCUGAUACUGAGGUGGACAUUCAGAAUCAUAAGGAAAAUGGCAUAAUGAAAGCCCCCAAGCUGUCUAAUACCGAGGCAAAUCCUAGGUCAGAAAUUGAAGUGGAGUCUCCUGGGGAGGGGGAAGAUAUUAAGCUUAACGGGCAAAAUGAAAUAGUGGACGCCGUCAAAUCUUCUGCUACCGUGGAUAAGCGUGGGCAAGGUGAAGUAGUUCCCGAGGAUAAUGAAACAGUGGCUAUUAAUGAAUUGUCUGAUACCAUUGAAAACCGCAGUGAAGAAACUGAGUUGGACUCUUUCGAGAGAGAAGAAGGCAUUCGAGAAUCACAAGAUGCAAAUGUGGAGGCUGCCGACUGCCAUUCUGGCAAAGAGAAGGUUGAUGAGAUGGUAAAUAAAGCUGCGAUAAGCGACCCAGUAGGAGGAUUAGGAGAAUCUCAAAUUAUAAACGGUGAGGAUUCUCUUUUAGAGCCAUCUGAAGAAAACAAAGUGGACAUGGAGCAGCAUUUGGCAGCAGCUCCUAGUCCAUUGGUCAAUUCAGAAGAUCUAAAUGGUUCUAUCUCCACUAGCACUGCAACGAGUAUGGAUCAAGAUGACCCUUCUAAGACUAUUGAUGACAAAGACACUGGAGCUAACACGAGCAGCUUCCAUGACCAUACUGAAACUUUAUCUAGCUCUGUAGAUCCUGAUAUUGAUUCUGUUGAAACUCAUAAAUUAACUCAUACAAUGCUUAUUAAUGAUCCAAAAGUAGAGUUAAAUGAGAUUACCGUGAAUGAACAAGAGGUGAAUCAUGUGUUAGAACUAGAAGAAACUUCAGAAACGGCCUCCCAUCCUAAAGUGGACGAAUGUGACAGGGUUGAAGUUUUGGAAGGUACAGUCUCUGGAGAUGAGAUGUCCAUUGCGCUUGAUGAAUCUAGAACUUCUUAUGGUGAUGAUUCUGUUGCGGGAAGUCAAUUAAUCCCUGUGGAAGUUGAACCUGCACAAAGCGUUGAAACAGCAGUCUCUUCUGUUGUGAUAGGAAAUACUUCAGUUGAAAUAAGGAAAAUGUCCUGUACACACAGUCUUGAUGAUCCAGUACUGAGACCUGAUCUUGAAGCCGAGGAUUGUACUAUGUCUGAAAAUGUGGCUUCUGCUGAUGAUUAUGUCCAACUGGAUAAUGAAGUCCGUGAAAAUCAUGAGAUUAGUCUUCUUCUUGGUGACAAUAAUUUUGAAACCAAGUCCGAGAGUGGUGACAUCGAAGAAGAAAACCAAUCAACUUUCCCUUGUAAUGAUAUGAGAUCAGAAUCUAACGAUUUUAUUUCAAUUGAAUGUGAAGAGAGAGGUUCUACUGUUCCUGAAGUUCCUAAUGGUGGCAAUAAAUCUACUGCGAUCCAACAAAGUUCUGCUGUUGAAACAGAUUCAGAAUUCCGUGAUAAUGAACGUAGCUUAAGUCCAACUGCUAAUGAGAAAUCAGGAGAGAAUAUCGAGAUUGCAUCUUCCGUAGUAGGUGGUGGCAGAGAUAUAACUAGCGAUGAUUGCACAUCAGAAACUGAAGUCAAGGGUUCUGCAGUAAACGAUGAAGUGGAUCUGAACCCAAUGUCUGAUAUUGCCUCUCAAACUGACAGUAAACCGACAAAAGAAGAAACUGAGGUCGUUCAUAGUUGCCAGAAUGAACCUUCCCCUAUUUCCCCAGAAGGUUCUAUUGAAGCUUUGGCAGGGAAGAAUGUAGGUACUGAAGCAGGAACAAAGCCACUUAACUUUUUGGUUAGGGUACCUAAAUUUGGUGAUGUAAAUAUAAGAGAGCAGAUUAAGAGUGCUCAAAUGGAAGUUGAUCAGACGACCAAGGAUAGAGAUGCUAUUCGAGUUCAAAUACAGAUAGUGAGGGCUGCAUGGAAAGUGUUAAGUGAUAAUCUUGAAGCUGCAGUGUCAGAAGGAAGAGCUGCAAGAGACUUGCUGAAGUCAAAACGACAGGAGAUUGACUCUGUUCAAUCAGUCAUAACAAAAGUAAAGAAUGCAAUGUCCAUUGGGGACAUUGAUGGCAGGGUACGCAGCAUUGAACACAGUAUAGAGCAUGAAACACUGCCACUGAAAGAGGAAAAACAAUUGAUUCGUGAAAUCAAGCAAUUGAAGCAGCUACGGGAACAGCUUUCAUCUACUACGGGUAAGCAGAAUGAGCUUCAACAGGCAUUGGACCAGAAAGACCAGUUUGAAGAGCGCCUAAGGCUAUUAAGAAAGGAGAUGGAUUUACUGAGAGGCAAUGUUCUGAAAGCUGAAUCAGUUAUAAAGGCUGCCAAGAAGAUAUGUAAUGAUGAAAGCUUAAAGCUGGAUGAAUUGCAAUCCAAGUUUAAAGCAGCAGAUAAGAUUCGCCAAGAAGCAUAUGCCAAUUUACAGAGUUUGAGGAAGCAAUUAUACGAUAAGAACAAAUACUACUGGAAGUAUCGGGAUGACGUGAAAGAAGCCAAUGAAAUCGCAUCGAGUGGAGAUGUAGAGAGACUGCAACGUUUUUCUGUUAAUCAGGUGGAGUGCAUGAUGGAACUGUGGAACACAAAUGCUGAGUUCAGGGAAGAAUAUAUUAAGACCAACAUGAGAAGUACCCUGAGGCGACUAAAAACGUUGGAUGGCCGCUCCCUUGGCCCCAAUGAAGAGCCACAUGCACUAAACCAUAUUGUAAAGGAGAGACCAGCGAGGGACAAUUCUCUUUCAACAGUUUCAAAAACGCUGGAACCAGAAAAACUGAUACCCGCUGAGAAUAUGAGAGAUAAUGAUAAGCCAGUGAUCGAAGUAGUCAAAACAAAGAAUCAACCGACAAAAAACAAGAAGCCCACGACAGUUGUGGCUUUAGUGAAUGGCCUUGGGAAUAUUUCUUGCGAGAAUGACGUAGAAGAGCCACCACGACCCGUGGAGAUUAAGCGAACAAGAGAGGAAGAGGAGUUGGCGGCGAAAGCAGAAGAGUUGAGAAAGAAAGAGGAAGCAAUCAAGUUGAAGGAGCAACAUAAGUUGGAAGAGAAGACCAAAGCCAAAGAGGCAUUGGAGAGGAAAAGUAGAAAUGCUGAGAAAGCCCACGCUAGGGCGGCAACUAAAGCAAGAAAAGAGGCGGAAGAGAGAGAGAAGCUAAGGGAGAAGAGAGCAAAAAAGAAGGCAAGGAAGAUGGCAGCAGCUGAGACGGAAGCUGGAAAUGGUUUGGAAGAAAGGGAAUCUGGUAUAAUCACGGAGAGCACCCCGAAGGAGGUGUCUGAAAACACAGGUAAACAGGGGACGGCUGCGAAGAGGCCACAAAAAGCGUCGCAGUCGCAGUACACCAAGCACAGCAAGACAAAGUCAACAAUUCCUCCACAUCUUCGAAAUCGGAGUAAGAGGGGGAUGCAGCCAUGGAUGUGGGUUCUUUUGGCCACCCUGAUUGUUUUCGUGGUGUUCUUCGUGGGGGCAACAACGGCUUCUAUACUAGGUCUUGGUUUCUAAAUUUAGAAUGCAAUUCAGUUUCAUAUAGAGAGCGACACACAAUUACAGCUUGUAAGGGCAGAGGGAUAGAGUUUUGGUUUAGAGAGCGACACACAAUUACAGCUUGUAAGGGCAGAGGGAUAGAGUUUUGGUUUGGGACAUUCCCAUAGAAUAUAUAGAUAUGGUAGGCUAAUUCUUUGGCUCUAUUCUCAGGACUGGUCUCUUUUAAAUUAACAAAAUGAAAGUUUUCCCAUUAUUAAGGCGCC